UAGAAGAAGACAGUACAAUAAAAACGGAUCGAAGUAUGGUUGAAAUAUUCCAAAGUGACACAGGCUUUGGUGCAGAUCGUAUAAACGUGCCCCGGGACGCGCAGACAUGUCGAGGCUACUCGUAUCUGUGAGGGGUUUGCACUCUGUAUUCUGUUCCACACGGGGGGGGAUAGCCUGCUGCGCCUAUCCCGGGCUGAGGGUGCGCACUGUCGGUCUCCCGUGUCUGCUGGCGGCGGGGAAGAAGGACCUAGUGGAGCUGCCCGUCCUGAACGAGGAGGAGCUGGAGGAGCAGUUUGUGAGGGGACACGGGCCCGGGGGACAGGCCACUAACAAGACCAGCAACUGUGUGAUCCUCAAGCACGUCCCCACAGGCAUUGUGGUCAAGUGCCAUCAGACACGCUCCGUAGACCUGAACCGUAAACGUGCCCGGGAGAUCCUGAGGGAGAAGCUGGACGUGGCUUUCAAAGGAGAGCUCAGUGAGAUCUCUGUGAAGAAGAGGGAGUCUGAGCACAAGAAACAGAAUAAAAGGAGGAAGGUCAACGAGAGCCUAGAAAAGAAAAGGCUGUUCAAAGAAGCCCAGGCUGCACACGCCACAUCCACUGAGAAGGACUCGUGAGCAAGGAAAGAGGAAUGUGCUGAGAACUGACAGAAAGCCCGACGACACCAUUCAGCACAAAGUUAGCUUCUCCCGGAACGAGACAAAGGAGAAUAAACCUGCUCCUAACCAG